AUGACACUUAAAAAUGCUAUUAGUGAAAUACUCUCGCAUCAUUGUCUUGAUAUUCAGAAUAUCUGUGGCCAAGGAUAUGAUGGUGCUAGUAACAUGCGUGUCUUGAUUGCUGCCUCUAAGGAAGUUUCUUCUGUUUAUCAAUUCUUUCAGAAUUUGAAUUUCCACAUUAAUAUUAUCAAUGCUUCUUCUAAGCGUCAUGAUCAAUUACAAGCUGCCCAAAUUUCUGAAUUUGAACGUUUGCAGGCUAUUGGUGAGCUUGAAACUAGGACAGGUUCUAACCAAGAGAUCAUGGGCAUCACUGAAAUUCUUUGUCAAGCAUUACAACAAAAAUCUCAAGAUAUUUUGAAUGCUAUACAAUUAGUUUCAAGUACAAAGGAACUUAUUCAAGAAUUACGAGAUGAUGGAUGGAAAAGAAUACUUGAAAGUGUUGUGAAUUUCUCCAAGCUUCAUGAAAUAGAUGUUCCAGAUCUUGAUACUCAAUAUAUUGAAGGUCGUAGCCGUCGACAUCAUGAUCAAAUAACUAUUGAGCAUCACUAUCACUUUGAUAUAUUUAAUUCAACCAUUGACUUUCAAUUACAAGAGUUAGAUGGAAGAUUUAAUGAGCGAACAAUGGAAAUUUUAUCACUUAGCUAUUCAUUAGAUCCGAAGAAUGGUUACAAAGCAUUUAAUAUUGAUGAUAUUUGUAGCCUUGCAGAGAAAUAUUAUCUUCUUGAUUUUUCUGAGCAAGAGAGAAUUAUUUUGAAUUGUCAAUUGAAGCAUUUUCAUAAGGACAUCCCAAAACAUUCAGAACUUCAAAACUUAUCUUCGAUUUCUGAGUUGUGUCAAUGA